GCGCUGGAGAUGCGCCGAACCGAGCAAGCCCAGACACAUGCGUCUCUCUCUCUCUCUCUCUCUCUCUCUCUCUCUCUCUCUCUCUCUCUCUCUCUCUCUCUCUCUCUCUCUCUCUCUCUCUCUCAGUAAACCCACCGUCUCCCGUCAUCGCCCCGAGUUUCCAGCAGCGCGCUUGAUGUUCGAGCUCUGAUCCGUGAAGCUCUCCAUGCGCGCGUCCUCGCGGAGACGGAGUCUGGACGGACUGUGAUGUGGACGCUGUGAUCAGACUGGAUCUGCUCUCAUGAUCCACUGGUGUCUUCUGCUGAGGAAUUCUGUUUUCGCUUUGAAAACUGCUGCUUGGACAAAUGCAUACAAAUGCAUUUAGGAGCCCAACGGACAAGGAGUGGACAAGUUUCUCCCACAACGACAACGAGAGUCCUGGUCCUCCUCCUGUCAUCAUGUGUGGUGCUGCUGUCAGCAGACGAGCCUUCAACAGCUCCAGGUGUAGACCUUAUUCAUCAGCUGGGCCUUUCGGGUCGCAGAGACAUACACUCUUCUGGGACACCUUACCUCACCUCCCUUGCUUCAUCUCUGUCCAUCCUGCCCCCUGGUUUUGGGGUAAUACUUGGACAGGAUGCCCUUAUUGAGGCCCCAUCGGUGGACCUGCUCCCCGGAGGCGUGGAGGAGGAGUUUUCCAUCAUAGUGAGUUUAAGCUCCUGGCGAGCGAACAAUGCCUUUAUUUUUAGUGUGCGUGACGGCAGGGACAGACUGCAGUUCGGCUUGCAGCUUCUUCCCGGAAGGGUAGUGGUUUACACGGGAGAGAAAGCUUCGAUCUACUUCAAGUACGAUGUUCAAGAUGGACAGUGGCACUCCUUCGCUUUGGGGGUCCGGCCACGUUCCGUAUCUUUCUAUGCACGCUGCGGGGCUGUUCAGUACGGAGAGGAAACGCUGACCCGUCCGCAGACGUUGAGCUCUGAAGGCCGCCUCUCUGUGGGAAGGAUGGACUCCAGGGCGGUGCAGUUUGAAGGAGCAUUAUGCCAGCUGGAUAUUUACCCCUCCACCCAAGCUGCAGUGCACUACUGCGACUAUGUUAGAAAACAAUGCAGACUGUCUGACACCUUCCGAUCUCUGUCAGGGAGCUCAGAGUCCCCAUUUCCAUCAGUUUCACCUUCCCCGAAAUUCCACCGCAGCUCUCCGAAAUCACAGACUCAGAGAUUUAUCCCAGCUAUUGAUGAUCACUCCACUACAACCACCAACUCUAUUUCCACAGCACUUUUUGACCAGUUUUCAACCACAAGCUCUCCGAUGUUUCGCUCCAGCACACCUAGGCAAAUUAAUACAUCUUCAAGACCAUUCAGCAAGGUACACCCCUUGGACUUCAAUCCAGAGACUUCCACGAGCAACCCCACAACAGACAAGAACGUUGAUGGUGAAAAUGUCACUGAGAAUCAGCCUCUUCUCAAGAAGCCCAGAGCAACUCGAGCCACGCCGGAUUUGAUCACCAUCGUCAAGCAGAGCCAUUUAAAAGAGGCCUUGAGGAAUGACGAUAGAUCCCACCAAUCUAACAAAGAGCUACUCCAGACCAAUCUUAAAGUGAACAGCACCAUCCUGUACCGUGAAGAGAGCAGCUACAACCUGGUGGACCAAUCUGAGGAACAGGUCCAGGAGGAGGUGCACGAUGCAGGAUACUCGGAGGGGUACGGAUACGACUAUGGCUUUACAGAAGAUGAAUAUUUCUUUGACUAUGAUGGAUUUGUUGGUCCUAAAGGAGAACCAGGUCCUCCAGGUCCCAUCGGCCCCCCAGGUCUUCCUGGACCCCCUGGAAAGAGAGGACCGCGGGGUCCUCCUGGUCCUCACGGGAGUCCCGGGCCGCCUGGUUUACCUGGUCUAAAGGGUGCAAAAGGUGAUCCUGGACUGUCCCCGGGUCAAGCGCUGAUGGGUGAUAAGGGUGAAAGAGGGCGGACGGGUCCACAGGGUCCUAGAGGUGAACCAGGUCUAAAGGGUCCCAAAGGCUAUCCUGGACCAGCAGGUCUGCCCGGAGAACAGGGUUUGCCAGGAUUGCCGGGCAUAUCUGGGGCAACAGGUUACCCUGGCAGGCAGGGUUUGGCAGGACCGGAGGGAAACCCUGGACCUAAAGGUGUCAAUGGCUUCAUCGGACCUCCAGGAGUUGCAGGACCACCAGGACUGGAGGGAGAGCGAGGAAUUCCGGGUCCUGUGGGAAACAAGGGUCCCAAAGGAAGACAGGGUGUUGUUGGUGAUGUGGGUGAGCGAGGGCCGCCCGGACCGGAUGGGAACGAGGGGCCUGUUGGAGGAACCGGCAGCAGUGGAUUCCCAGGCCUGAGAGGGGAUCUGGGGCCUGAGGGACCCCGUGGCUUUCCUGGCAUUGUGGGACCUCAGGGCCUGACCGGAGGGGUGGGGCCUCCUGGAAUGAAAGGUGAUAAGGGUGAACCUGGAUUGAGGGGUGAGCCGGGAGAAACUGGUUAUCAGGGUGACAAGGGAACGGCUGGUAAUCCAGGCCCGACGGGACCACGUGGAAAACCAGGACCUCUCGGAAAAACGGGAGAACGGGGACCACAGGGGCCUCCAGGGCCACCAGGACCUGAGGGUUUCCCAGGAGACAUUGGUGCACCAGGACCUAACGGCCCAAUGGGACCAAAGGGUCUUCAAGGUGCCCGAGGCCCCCAGGGACCACCAGGGCCAAAAGGAACAGAGGGAGACGAAGGCCCCCCAGGUCCCCCUGGAAAGCCUGGUCCCACUGGCCGAAUAGGUCGGAAAGGUUUCAUCGGAGAACCAGGACCCGAAGGCCUGAAGGGAGAAAUUGGGGACCAAGGGAAUCCUGGGAAACACGGCCCCCCUGGUCCGGCUGGAUUGAUUGGAAUAACCGGAGUGAUUGGACAGCCUGGAGAAAAGGGCGAUCGAGGUCCUCCUGGUCCUUUGGGUCCUCCAGGAGAGAAAGGGUCAACAGGGUAUCCGGGUCUUCCAGGAGUUCCUGGGGAUUUCGGCCCACAAGGUCCACCAGGUCCACAAGGACAGAGAGGAGGAGCAGGCCUUCCUGGGCCCAAAGGGAGAAGGGGCCCGAGGGGACCUGACGGCCCUCCUGGAGAGCCGGGCCCUGAGGGCAUAAAGGGUGAAAAGGGUUUGCCUGGGAAGAAUGGACCUCCAGGAUUCAUCGGUAAAGCUGGAGCUCCAGGGAAGAGAGGACCAGCAGGAGCACCUGGUAAAGCAGGUCCUCUCGGCAGCACAGGUGAAAAAGGUCCUCCAGGUGAACCUGGCUCCAGAGGCCCUCCAGGGGACCCAGGACCAGAUGGAGAGCAAGGUCACGAGGGACCUCCAGGACCUGAAGGAGAGCAGGGACCUGUGGGUGAACCAGGGAUCAAGGGUGACAUGGGGCCUGUCGGAGAAGAGGGUGAACUGGGCCAACUGGGCAUCAGAGGUCCUCCAGGGCCACCUGGAGAGGACGGACAUCAAGGGAAGGAUGGACCAAAGGGUGAGCCAGGUGACCGUGGACCAAUGGGAGAAGCCGGAGAAAGGGGUGAGAUUGGUGACUUUGGCCCACUUGGACCUCCUGGAAAUCCUGGGGAAAAAGGCUACCCGGGACCAGAGGGCAAACAAGGUCUGCCCGGCAACCGUGGACGUCCAGGAAAGAAGGGUGAAAAAGGGUCACCAGGUCACUUGGGAGAGAUGGGCUCUCCUGGCGAAAUCGGACAGACAGGGGAGAGAGGACUCAAAGGUGCUCGUGGAACCAGAGGACCCGCAGGUAGACCAGGAGUUAUGGGACCUCAGGGAGAACCGGGACUUCAAGGUUACACAGGUCACACUGGCAAGCCAGGUCCAGCAGGCCCCCCGGGACCAAAGGGAGAAAAGGGAUAUCCAGGAGAAGACAGUAAAACGGAAGGACCACCCGGGCCCUUAGGUGAACCAGGCUCUCCAGGAGAGAAAGGUGAACGUGGGGAACCAGGAGAUGAUGGAUAUCAGGGUCAGGCAGGGGUCACAGGCACCCGAGGAGCGAUUGGUCAGCAGGGAUCUCCUGGAUCUCCUGGGCUUCCUGGUGAAGCAGGACCCGAGGGCGAGAAGGGAGUUCAGGGACUCGCUGGGCAGAAAGGAUCCCGAGGUCCCGCUGGAGAGCCAGGUCCUGAGGGUCUGGUUGGUUUGCCGGGGCCCAGAGGGACGGACGGGUAUCCGGGAUCCGACGGGCUUCCCGGUCUUCCUGGUUUUCCGGGUCCGCCUGGAUCCAAAGGCCAAACAGGUCAGCGUGGCGAUAACGGUCUGGAAGGGGGGGCGGGACUUCCUGGCCCGCGGGGCGAGCUUGGACUACCUGGAGUUGUCGGAGAGAGAGGGCCAGCGGGGUCAAAGGGCGAGAUGGGUUUACCGGGAGACGGAGGACCGGCGGGUGCUAAAGGCAUGGAGGGGGUGGCGGGAGACCAAGGCUUGAAGGGAGAACAAGGUGCCAAAGGAGAACCAGGUGAGGUGGGAGACGCAGGCAUGAUGGGACUCCAGGGGUUUCCGGGACCCAAGGGUCCGGACGGAGAUCUGGGAUUCACUGGUGCUCCUGGACUCAAGGGACCGGCGGGAGUUCUGGGUUUCUCUGGUCCUGUAGGUCCGGUGGGGAUGAUCGGUCCGGUGGGGAAGCCUGGUGCCAGAGGACCUAAAGGAAGCCAUGGAGAGAUGGGGCCUCAGGGGCCACAGGGGAGUCCAGGGCCACAGGGGGCUCCAGGUUUACCCGGCCCUUCGAUACGCGUCAGUAUGGACGUUCAAGCGCUGAUGGAGGCCGACGCACAUCUUGAGCACGAGAGUUACCAGAACACGGCGGGGUCUCUGUCGGAGAGGAGCGCUGAGAUCUUUAGGACGCUGCAGUAUCUGAGCGAUGUCAUGGACGGCAUGAAGACGCCGCUGGGAACCAGAGAAAACCCGGCUCGCUUCUGCAGAGACCUGCUGGACUGCAGACACACCAUGAGCGACGGUCUGUUCUGGAUCGAUCCAAAUCUGGGCUGUACGUCUGACGCCAUCCAGGUGUUCUGUAACUUCACGGCAGGUGGACAGACCUGCUUGAACCCCGUUACAGUUGAUAAGGCCGUGUUUGAUGUCGGGAAAGUCCAGAUGAAGUUCUUACACUUGCUGAGCAUCACGGCAUCCCAAACCGUUUCCCUCCACUGCUACAGUGACCCGGCGACCGAUGCAUUGGAAACGCCUCGCCUGCGUUUCCGGGGUUGGAACGGCCAGGUGUUCGAGGAAACCUCACCUCUGAGUCCACAUGUGGUUCUGGACGACUGUGAGAUCCGUGAUGGCAGCUGGCAUCAGUCCCGAUUCCUGUUUCAAACCCAGGACGUUCAGCAGCUUCCCAUCGUGGACAUUCAAGGUGUCCAUCCCUCACGUCCAGGAGACCAGCGGCACGUGGAAGUGGGUCCUGUUUGCUUCCUGUGAAAUCACUGAAGGACUUGAAACGGACCUGAUCCUCAAAUCAGAGCAGUGGUGAACUGAGUGACUGCUUGAAGAGCGUCUCCAUCCCGGAACGUGUGUUUUGAGAGACUGCUGUUGUGUUUUAUCUGUUGUGGUUCAGUGUGUCAGGUGAUUUUCUUCCAUUCAAACAUGCACCAAGUCUUGGGCAGAGUCCUUGUGAAUUGUACGUUCAAUCUCGAAUAGAUAAAGAGCCAGACAAGGUUGAUCUUGUAAGCAAACCAUGAAAAGGCCGAGACGGUGCUCUACCUCCUUCACGUACAGGUGCUCGUGUUCAGGUGCAUCCGGCCCGAAACAAACUACGCAAGUGCAAAGAUGCAAACUCCAUUUAGUGCUUCGUCAGGUUUUCUGUCCAGACUGAACAACGGUUUGAGGUCUUAAUCAGUGGUUAUAACAACACUAACGAUGUUUCCAUCCAUGUGUCUAAAAUGAAUUAUGGCAUAUUACCAAAAAAAAAAAAAAAAGUUUAAUGAAAAUGUCAGGAAGUGCAUAAAAUCAUGAAAAUUCGUUUUUGCAUAAAACGCUGCAUGGAAACCACAAGGAACGCAUAAAAAAAAAAAAAAAAAAAAAAAAAAAAAAAAAAAAUUGCAGUAUCAUAUUAGAAAAGAGGUAUGAAAAUGUCAAGAAUUGCAUAAAAUUUUGAUUAUCACAUGACAAACGCUGGAUGGAAAGAUGAAGAAGUGUAUAAAAUUGGGUUUUCAAAAAAAAAAAAAAAAAAACAGCAACACUGAAUGGAAAUGCCAAAUAAUGUAUAAAAUCAUAAAAUAUCACAUAAAAAUGCUGAAAGAAAAUGCCAAGAAGUGCAUAAUAUAUAUAUAGUCGGGGUAUCGCAUAAAAAACUAUGGGCAUAAAAUCGUAAAAAAUCUUUAAGGAUUUGCAUAAAAACAGGAUUGGAAAAUCCCCCCCAAAAAUAUCACAGAAAAAAACUGAUAAUUUUGGAAUAGCGCAUAAAAAACGCUGGAUUAAAAUGCCAGGGGAAAAAAAGCGCAUAAAAUAUAAAAACAAAACAAAACCUAAUCUCAAAAGUUUUGGGGUAUUACAUAAAAAAACACUGGAUGGAAAUGCCAAGAAAUGCACAAAACCUUUUUAACAAACUGGGUAUUGCAUAAAAAACGCCAAGAAACCUAUAAAACUAACAUUUCUGGACGGAAAAAGCCAUGAAGUGCAUAAAAUCUUAAAAUAUCAACAGCAAGAUCCUUCAAAGCAUAUUGAGGUGGCUAUUUAUUUUGUUUUGUUAGAGACCGUUCAUAAACUAUAAUCGUUUGAUUGUUUUAGUAGCCUGCUGAUUAUUUGCGCCGGUUAAAGAUUCUGUUUGCUUGAACACAUGGGAUGCAAACAGCAUUUUAUUCGCAAAUGUUUUAUGCGAUAUCUCAAUUUUUCUGCAUCUUUUUGAUGUAAACAUCACAGACAGCCUUGGACGGAGGCGUUUUUAAGGAUUUCUGUGUUUGCAGGGCAUCGCUGUGUUUGCGUACAGUGUGUUUCUGGCCGUAAGGUGCUGGCUUUUUCUGUUGUACUUCUGCGCUUGGUCAUUUCGAUCACAACAAUCCUAAUUUAUAUGAACAGUGUGUUGAUGAUUUCUGUUACACAUCGGCUUGAUAUACUUUAUAUGUUAAGGAGAACGUUCACUCAUGACCCUUAAAGAGACGCCACGAGUAUCUCACCUAAAUCCAAGAAUGAUGAGAUUUUUUUUUUGUGACUACGUUAUUUGAAACCAUUUUAAAAAGUUCCCAGGUGAUUAAAAAUGUCAAUUUAUGAGAUCUUAUGAGAUAUUUGUGACAUCUCUGUCGUAUGGAAGCCGUUUCUGCCAGAGAAUAGAAAAAGAGAAAGUCUAUAAUCCAUAAUUCUGAGUUUAUUUCUUGCAGUUCUGUUUAAAAAGUCAGAAAUGGGCUUUCAGAAGGUCAUUGUCGGUCGACUUCUCUGUGGUGCUGUCGUAUUCAGCGCUAGCAAUGAGGUAGUCACUUUUUUAUUUUACCCUUAUGUAUAUUUGGACAUUAUAUGUUUGAUUAUUUAUGUUAUCUUUUUUAAUUCUCCAAAAAAUACUGUACUCCAAUAAAUUAUGAUAUCGCUCUGAGAUCUAUCUGGUCGCUCACCGUUUAGUUGGAAAUCUUAUUUAUGUCAAAUUUGUAUUUGUAUAUAAACACAAAUAGGGAGUGUAUGUUGUGUUCUGGUGUCAGUAUCAAAACUGUCACUAAAUGUGCUUACAGAAACAAAACAAGACGGAAAAUGUAAAUAUUCUAUAUUUUGACAUUAAAUAAAAUGUAUGAUUUAA